UUGAAAUGGAGUUAGUUUUAAACCGCAGUUGAGAUUUAUUAUUUUUAGCCAUGUACUGUAUGCUUUGCCAAUUAAGUAUUGUGAUAAAGCAAAACGAUGGAGUCUGAACACCGGCAGGCCUCUGAAGAUUCGCUGACAUCAGCUACAGAAAGCGACCUCGUAGCGAAAGUGAACAAGUUAUCUAGUGUCCUGCUGGGCACAAACAGUAAUGUCACUGUCCUGAAUCAGCGCUUGAUUGAGUACCAGAGGUCGCAUGAAACUGCUCUAGAGGAAAUUCGCCGAAGCGUGAAUAGCGCAAUUACGAGAAAUGACCACGUUUUGGACAGUGGAGUAUCAUUAAGUCGUACUCGUCAAAAUGUUGAAAAGGAAUCUACUCCUCGAAUUGGACGUGUUCACGAUAAUAGCGUUACUAGCGGUUCCCGAUGCUGUGCCAAUCCAUAUACUUGUUAUAAUGAUAAGAGUCCGAUAAAUACACUCGUCGGCCUCCUUGGUGAAAAGGACACUUCGUUAACGUCACUACACAGGGAAGUGGUUUCUCUUCGUGGUGAGCUAGAUCGUACCAAGGCUGAACUAAGAAGAGUAAACGAUGAACGAGUUAGAGACAAGGGAAAUGCGGACACCUUCAGAAAAACCGUUCAUACUCACCUCAAACACAAUAUUGACCUGGUCAACAGGUUACAGGUUCGUGCGAGCGAUACUUAUGGGCAAUCGUCUGAUUGACACGAUCUCGUUACAGAUUACUUGAACAUAGUAGUAAUCUUCCUACCUCCGUAAAACGUGCCCUUGUCAGCCAUUCCCUGCAAGAGGAUUUUGUCGUUCAGCAAGCCGAACUGUCUUCGAAGCUUGAAUGGCUUGUCAGUUAUGUUCAUAGAGACGGCAGCAAAGACUCGCACGGGUUAGCCGAACGAAAGUAGUGGAAUGGAGUACCUUGUUCGCACAACUUAAUCCAACGGAUCGUCAGGUCAUCUAAGCGAAUAGCACGAAGCGGUUGCGCAAUGAAGAUGCGAAGUCAUGUGCUGCAUUCUUUGUCUAAUAGCCAACUGUAUGCCAACAGCAUCAUUGUAUACGGAACUCGUCUUAGAAUUUGCGAGAACGUUCGAUUGUAAUUUUUAAUCUUCUCAGUUUUAACUCUUAUGUGUGCGGAGAUAAACUUAAUUAUAUGUCCAUCUAGAUCAACAAUAUAUGUUUACAGUAUUGCUACUUUCCUUUUACGUUGUCCACACUGUACUUGACUUGUCCACUUGAGUUUCUGCAUACUAUAGUGAUUGCGUUGUACCUUAAAAGUGUUUG